CAACGGAUUUCAAAACAAUGUUAUCGCCAACACAGCAACUUUGGAACGAAACGCAACUAAUUUUAUCUGAAUCGUCGUGUUUUUGAACGAUCCGCACGAAAACGGAACCAUCCGAACGAACGAUUUGUUGCCAUUUGCCUGUUGCCGUUUCCGUUUGUUAUUAUUAGCUAGUUUUACCGUUUUGUUUUGUUUAAGUUUGUUGCGCCCGUUGUUAUUUAGUUGCCUAGAAUCGGGCUGGUGGUGAAGGAUGUUGGACCUGUUCACGAUCUUCACCAAGGGUGGCAUCGUGCUGUGGUGUUUCCGUAGCACGAACCAGCUCUUUACCCCGUCAGUAAACGCACUGAUCAAGAGCGUCAUAUUACAGGAACGUUCCGGUGUGUACGACCACGAUGGACUGUCGCUCCAGUACAAGCUGGACAACGAGUUCGAGCUGGUGUUUGUUGUUGCAUUCCAGAAGAUUCUUCAGCUGUCGUACAUCGACAAGUUUCUUAGCGAUGUGCAUCUGGAGUUUCGCGAUAGGUACAAGAACGAUCUGCGGGUCGACAAUCGCAACUACGGCGAUUUCGACUUCAGCGACGACUUUCGGCGCAUCCUCGAGCGGGCGGAGAAGUGGGGCCGGCAGCAGGCAACGAUGCCGAAGCAGAUGCGCACCUACGAAGAUUCGGCCAAAUCGAAGAAAACCGUUGCCUCCAUGAUCGAGCGAAAGGGGGAGGAAAAACCGCCCGCCGGAGGUAGCAAGAAGUCGGUCAAGAUAAGUGAGAAGAAGAAAUCGGAUGGUACGGACGGGGUUGAUGCUUCCUCGCCGAAGGCUAGCUCCAACGGACCGGAGCUGGGAGACGAUCUGAUAAUGGAGAGCCGUAAGAAGUUUGCGGAGAAGAUGAUGGGCAAGGGUGGUAGCGGCAAGGCUAGCAAGCUGGAGAAGCAAAAGUCACCGAAAUCCCCGCAGCAGCAAAAGUCGGGCAAACAGAUGCGCGUGUGGGAUUUGGGCGGCAACACGAAGGAUCUGCCGAAUCUGGACCGGUCGAAGGAUCGUCCGGAGGACGUGAAGAGUGACUUUACACCGAACGAUCAGAUCAUUGGCAGUAUGCGGGGUGGCAUCCAGGAUCUGGACGUAGAGUCGGACAGUGAGGACUACUCGGAGGAGGACGAGGAAGACGAUGACGACGAGGCGUACGAGGACCAGCGGGCCAAGAAGCAGCAAUCGAACCGGGGCGGUAUGUUUUCCAUGUUCAAGGGGCUGGUCGGUUCGAAGAACCUGUCGCUGGACGAUAUGCAGCCAGCGUUGGAUAAGCUGCGGGACCAUCUGAUCGGCAAAAAUGUGGCCUCGGACAUUGCCCAGAAGCUGUGCGAUUCGGUUGCCGGCAAGCUGGAGGGUAAGGUGAUCGGUACGUUCGACACGAUAGCGGCCACGGUGAAGAACACGCUGAACGAGGCGCUCGUGCAGAUCCUUUCGCCGAAACGGCGGGUCGACAUCUUGCGCGACUGUCUCGAGGCGAAACGCGCCGGGCGACCGUUCGUGAUGAGCUUCUGCGGUGUGAACGGGGUGGGCAAAUCGACCAAUCUGGCCAAAAUUUGCUUCUGGCUGAUCGAGAACAAUCUGAGCGUGCUGAUUGCGGCCUGCGACACGUUCCGUGCCGGUGCAGUGGAACAGUUGCGGACGCAUAUGCGCCACCUGAACGCGCUGCAUCCGCCGGAGAAGCACGGUGGCCGCAACAUGGUACAGCUGUACGAGAAGGGCUACGGAAAGGAUGCGGCCGGCAUUGCGAUGGAAGCGAUUCGAUACGCCAACGAUAGCAAAAUCGAUGUCGUGCUGAUCGACACCGCGGGCCGGAUGCAGGACAAUGAACCGUUGAUGCGGGCCCUGGCGAAGCUGAUCAAAGUGAACGAACCGGAUCUGGUACUGUUCGUCGGCGAAGCGCUGGUUGGCAAUGAGGCGGUGGAUCAGCUGGUGAAGUUUAACCAGGCCCUGGCGGACUACUCCUCGAGCGAUCGUCCACACAUCAUCGACGGGAUCGUGCUGACCAAGUUUGACACGAUCGACGAUAAGGUCGGGGCGGCCAUCUCCAUGACGUACAUCACCGGGCAACCGAUCGUGUUUGUCGGAACGGGCCAAACGUACACCGAUCUGAAGGCAUUGAACGCAAAAGCCGUGGUACACGCGCUGAUGAAGUAAACCGUCGUCGGCGUCUUCGUCAUCUACUUAAGCCCCGCUCACCAGCACAACGUCUGUCCACCCUUGUCCGGGUUUGUUCCAUUCAUUUCUUCGCAACUAGUCACACUCAUUUCACGCAACACAACAUACAUCGGAAGUGGCCGAAAUCACAAGCCUCCCUAUUCCAAACGCGCGGAACGUUACCAGUAAAUUCCAAUUCACCCAACAAAACCACCGCAACCGCAUUUUGUCCAUAAGCGUAGCACGGUUACAGGCAGCCGAAACUAGCAAAUAGAGAGGAGGGAGGAAAAAUGGGAUCAUGGCUGUUGGUGGCCACCAGCUGGUACCACCACCACAACAUCGGAAGGUUAUGGGUACACAACAUUCAGAUAUCAACCGUACAGAUCUUUUAAGAAAGUGAGAGAAAAAAUAUACAUUAGGUCCCGAAAUUAA